AUGGCACACCAAGAUGGUGGGCAAGUCACACGGGAGGAGGUUCUCACACAGGAGGAGGUACAUGUCACACAAGAUGCUGGGCAAGUCACACAGGAGGAGGUUCAUGUCACACAAGAUGAUGGCCAACUUACACAGGAGGAUGUCCAUGCCACACAGAAUGAUUGCCCAGUGCAGCAACAAGAGGAUGAAUAUGAUACACCUGUUGUCUUUCAGGCAUCUAGUUCUCAAGCUUCAGCACAUACAACAACAGCUACAAAUGGUGGCAACCUGACCAUGAAGUUGCUGAAGAUGAAAAGAGAUAAAGAAAGGCAGAUGGCAGCCAGAAGAGAUGAAGCACUAGAGGCAAUGAAUGAGAUGGCAGAGAGGAGAGCAGAGGAGGCUGGAGCAAAGAGGCAGGAAAUUGCUAUCAGGAAAGCAGAGAAGGCAGCCAGAAGAAGAAGAGCAGCAAAAGAGAAGAAGGCUGAGGAAACAGCAGCAAAGUUGGAAGCUUCAGUAGCAAGGAAAGCAACAUUACAAGAAGAGAAGGAGGCCAGGGCAAUUGAAGCAAUUGCAGCUAAGGCAGAGGCAGCAAUGAAGAGAAGAGAAGAGCAAGAAGCAAAGAGAGCUAUUGCGGCACUAAAGAAAAAACAAGAUCAAGAAGCAAAGAAGAAACAGUAA